AUGGAGGUCAGGGUGUGGACCGUUUGCGCGAUUUUUGCCUCGGUGCUGGGAUGUACGGGGGCUCAGAGUCAGAGCAACUACACCAGGCCCGUCUUCAAAUGCGGGGGGCAUCUGGAUGUCGAUUCAGGUAUUGUGGCCAGCGAGGGCUUUCCAAGUCCUUACAAACCCAACAGUAAAUGUACCUGGUACAUCACUGUACCUGAAGGCCACGUAGUCAUGCUGUCCUUCCGCCUAUUCGACAUGGAGGCCGAGCCCACCUGUCGCUACGACUACUUGGACGUCUACAACGGCCACACGCGCUUGGUACAGAAGCUGGGCCGGUUCUGCGGGACCUUCCGGCCCGGAGCUCUCAUCUCCACCUCCAACACCAUGAUGCUGGAUAUGGUGUCGGACGACGCCACCGGAGGGAGAGGCUUUCUGGCCUACUUUCGGGCGGGGAAGCCACAUGUGGAAGAGAACCAAUUCUGUGGCGGGCGGUUAACCAAAUCCCAGGGUUCUGUUCAGACCCCCAACUGGCCCAACUCCAACUACCCAGCAGGCAUCAGCUGCUCCUGGUACAUCUCGGUCGAGCCGGGCAACGUGAUUGAGGUGAAGUUUGCGAAGCUGGACCUGGAACCAGACACUUACUGUCGGUAUGACUACGUGGCUCUCUUCAACGGAGGGGAGAGAGACGACUCCAGGAGAAUCGGGAAGUUCUGUGGUGAUAGGGUACCUGGGACAAUCGUGACCAAUGGUAAUCAGCUCCUUGUCCAGUUCGUCUCUGACCUCAGCGUGACCUCAGAUGGCUUUAUGGCCCACUACAACAGCAUAGCCCGCGGCUCCCGGACUCCCACCGCCGGGGGUGACUUCAUCCAUCGAUCGGAGACGCCAUCCACGACACGGAAACCGACCGUGAAGCCGAAUCCACCCAAAACGACUCCUAAAACUAUUAAGACGACCCCCAAACCCAAGCUGAGCGUCACGCCUAAAGCCACUCCGAAACCGGCCCGAAAACCAGUCGUGAAGAUCCCGAUGAAACCUCCGCCACGCAAACCGACAAGUAAGCCCAAAACGGCUAAACCCACUCGCAGAGCCCCAGUGAAGAAACCAACACCCAAACCCCGAACCAAACCUUCUUCCAAACCCAAAGUCAUCAAAGUCAUCAAACCGACACGCAAGCCCGUCCCUAAGCCCAAAUCUACUCCCAAACCUGCCAUCAAACCAGCGAAACCUACUCCUAAAACUACACCAAAAGUCAAACCUACACCCAAACCUAAAGUGAUGCCCAAACCUGGAGUGAGCAAGGUGGUCCCGAAAAAGCCGGCGGUGAACAAGAAACCUUUGCCUCUCAACCCAUUGUGCACUCAAGCCUGCAAGAGAACAGGAACUCUGCAGUCCAGUUUCUGCCCCAGUGACUUCGUGUUGACAGGGAAGGUCACAGAUGUCAUCCCAGGUCCGAGAGGUUCUGCCACCGUGGAAGUAUCCGUCAUUAAGGCUUACAAGGCAGGAAAACUCAACAUCACCAAAGCCGGACCGACCACGAUUGUCAAACUGAUCUCGACCUGCAAAAGAUGCCCAGGGUUGAUCAAAGGCCAGAACUAUGUGCUCAUGGGGAAAGUGGACCCACAGGGAAAAGGUCUUUUGAACCCAUCUAGUUUCACCCUCUCGUAUAAAUCAGUGCAUGCCAAAGCCCUUGCUGCACUGUCGGGUAAAGCAUGCUGAUGUUGUAGCUAACUUUUAAAAUCACAGGCAAGGGAACUGCACCACAAACAUGAAUAUAUUAUUAUAUCACCCAAGUUUUAUUGCUAUUAGCAUUGCACCGAUACCAGUACCGUUCUUCCUUUGGCCAAGAUAUACCCUCUCUCCAACUUUUUUCACCCACUGCCAACCCUUCCACUCCAAAUGGAUUGGAUGUCUAGCACCAUCAACUGCAGACAAAGAGCAAAAACACUGUCCAACCAAGUCGCAUUAGCAAUGACUUUAUCGUCAAGUGAGUAUGCAGUAUUAGAAAAACUUGUGGACGUUGCAUCCAUCCAUCCAUCCAUCCAUAUCUACCGCUUAAUCCGGGGUCAGGCCGUGGGGGGCAGCAGUUUUAGCAAGGAAGCCCAGACCUCCCUCUCCCCAGCCACUUCAACCAACUCCUUUAGCAGGAUCCCAAGGCGUUCUGAAGGAAUUGAUAUCUUUACCAUUUGUAUUACUGUAACAUACCCAAUAUAAAAUAAAUAGCAUUUAUAAAUCAGAGUUCAAGAAAACAUGUAGAAUAUAUUUGAAGUAUGAGUGGUUGGAGUUGGAGCGAUUGGAAUUUGCAGUGCCAAGACAACGGGCAGAUAAGGGCUAUAACAACUACCGGAUGCCUGCUGACUACGGAAGCCCAACGCGUGAUGGCCAAGACAUCUACAAGCCCACGUCUGAACCACCAAAUCCCACCAUCAACUCUUCUGGUAACCAAAAAUGGACAGUCCAGAACAAUGAAAGGAAAUCUUCUCCUCCCACAAGGAACUUCUGAUAACGGAGGAACCCGUUGGACACUGGUAAAAUCCUCAGCUCUCAUUGCCCUGACAACAGCAACGCCCAAACUCUCCAGCCCAAUCCACAACAGACAAUAACCCUAAACGACGCCCAAACACAUCCUUCUUCUGCACCACAGCCCGCCUC